AUGUCACACUCGCAAUCAUUGCACAGCUUGGCGCCAAGGGCGGAGCAAAGCAAUGGCGUCAUUCCUGCUGUCCUUACUGAGCAGCUCAAUGCCAACGGUAGCACCGAUCUCAAAAAGGUCGCCAUCACCAUAGUCGCAUUCGUUGCUCUCAGCCUCUUCACCUUGAUCGCCUUCCAGAUCCUUCGUCCCAACAACAAGAUUGUCUAUGCACCCAAGUACAAAUACGCAGAAGAAGGCAAGGCGCCACCAAAGGCUUCCGAAGGCUUUUUUGGCUGGAUCCCGCCCAUCCUCAAGUACAAGGAGCAUGACCUCUUGCCGCUCAUCGGUCUCGACGGUGUCACUUUUCUGCGCUUUGUCCGCAUGAUGCGAUGGAUGCUCACAACGCUUGCUCUGCUCAUGUCGGUCGUACUCAUGCCCGUCGAUAUCGCCUACAACGUGCGCAACGGAGGCAGCAACCUCGUCACCAACAGGCUCAACUACCUCAACAUGUCCAACGUCCACGGCACCUACAUGUGGGCCCACGUCGGCAUGAGCUACGUCGGCACCAUUGUCGCCCUCUCCUUCAUCUGGUAUCACUACCGCGAGAUGGUCCGCCUACGAUGGUCCUACUUCCGAUCCGAAGAGUACCAGACCAGUUUUCAUGCACGAACCCUCAUGAUCACCGACGUUACCAAGCGAUACCAAGCCGACAACGCCCUCGGUGCCGUUCUUUCCGAGCUCAAGAUGCCUUACCCCACCACCGAGGUCCACAUCGGUCGUCGCGUUGGCUUGCUCCCCGAUCUCAUCGAAAAGCACAGUGACCUCGUGCGCGAGCUCGAGCAUGUGCUCGCCAAGUAUCUCAAAAACCCAAAUAACUUGCCUUCCAAGCGCCCCACAAAAACCAUCGGCGGCUUUAUGGGCAUUGGCGGUGAAAAGCUCGACGCCAUCGAUUAUCUCACCGAACAGAUCAACCGCGUCGAGGCUGCCGUCAUGCACCAGCGAGAGACCAUCCAGCAGAAGAAGCCCGAGAUGUACGGUUUCGCUUCGCUUGCUGCUGUUCCAUACGCGCAUGCAGCCGCCAAGGUGCUCCAGAACAAGAAGCCUCGCGGCAUGCGCAUCACGCUUGCCCCUCCACCCACCGGUAUCAUCUGGCAGAACCUUGUAAAGUCGCGCGCCAGCCGUGCCAAGUCAAGCUUUUUUGGUUUCCUUAUGCUCCUCGUCCUCUUUUUCAUGAACAUCUUUCCUCUUAUCAUUGUCUCGUUGCUGUCCAACAUGGCUCGCCUCACCAGCAUUUCGUGGCUUCGCUGGCUCAAAGACUGGCAAACGGCGAGUUCCUUUACCUUUGCCGCCGUCUCGGGUCUGGGCGCCCCCAUCAUCAUGGGUAUCGCCUCCUUCUUCUUCCCCAUCGCCAUGCGCAAGAUUGCCAAAUACCGAGGUGUCCAAACUCGCUACCGUCUCGACCGGCUGCUCGUAGGCCAGUACUUUGGUUUCCUCGUUAUUUCGCAGUUCCUCUUCUUUUCGCUCAUCGGCGUAGUUCUAUCGCUCGUGUCGCAGCUUGUGGUCGAGAUCAACCACGACAGCGCGCUUGCCAUCAUCAAAAAGCUGGGCCGUAACGCUGCCUAUGCGACAAAGCAGCAGUACCUCAACCAGUCCAACUACUGGCUCACCUGGUUGCCGCUUCGAGGUUAUUUGGCUGUCUUUGACCUGGCACAGGUCAUCAAACUGCUGCUCGUAUGGAUUCAAAAGGUGUUCCUCGGUCGCACACCUCGCGAUGUUCGCGAGUAUACAAAACCACCCGUGUUUGACUACUGGAUCUACUACUCCAACUUUCUCUUUAUGUCAGCAGUCGCCAUGAUCUAUGCUCCACUGGCGCCGCUCGUUGUCGUUUUCUCCGCCAUCGUGUUUUGGGCCAGCUCGUUCAUCUACAAGUACCAGCUGAUGUACGUCUUUGUUACCAAACACGAGACUGGUGGUAUGUUGUGGCGACCCACGAUCAAUCGUCUGCUCAUCUGCAUCGGCUUUAUGCAGGUCAUUCUCAUUCUUGCCGUGGUGCUCGAUACACUCAACUACUACCAGGCAAUCGCUGCACUACCGCCCAUCCUGAUGCUGAUCGCCUUCAAGAUCUACUGCCGUCGUACCUUUGACAGCCGCUUCGACUGGUACAUCCCCAACGAGGCCGAGAUCGCAGCUUCCAAGAUCCAUGCUGGAGACGCGCGCCACAACCGUCUGCAGCGCCGCUUCGGACAUCCCAGCUUGCACUCGAAGCUCUUUACUCCUAUGGUGCACGCCAAGGUCAAGCACCUGCUUCCGCAAGUGUACAAGGGUCGUCUCGACACUGGCGUAGCCAUGGUCGACGGUCGAAAGGUCGAGACGGAGCAGGUCGCGGGUGGUCUCAAGAUUGCAGCCAUCGAAGAGGAUCAGCUCGAGUACGAUCCCUCCAAGGACUCGGACGCGCGCUCGGUCAUGUCUGGCACCACGCUCGGCGGUAUGUCGAUGGCGGGCAUCGGCGCAACGACGCCCGGCAGCAUCACGGGUGGUCCGCGGGGCGAUUACUUUAAGGAUCAGUAUGCGAAUUACAUGGCAGCCGGUCCCAUGCACGGCGGUGAAGAGUUUGAAAUGUCCAACGUUGGUGCACGCGAUAGCCGCGACAACCUGCUCGAGAAGCACCAGAACAGCCUGUACAAUGAGUCGCUGGAUGGCACGCUGGCAGGUACCACGUAUGGCGGCAAGUCGUCGCCCGAGGCAGGCCUCGGUGCGCAUGGUCAGUACAACGGCUAUUCGGCAGCAACCACACCAGGCCUCGAGUCUGGCAUCGCUCAGCAAGCUAGCUACGUCGACCCUUACAGUCAAGCUGGUGGAGUGUAUGCGCCACGCAUCGGUGGCAACCACAGAGCUCAAGGUAGUCAGACGAGUCUGGGUUCGUAUGGCAACCUGCUGUACGGCAGCAAUGCUGCGGCAGCGCCGACAGGAUACGGCUCACCCGGGUCGCAAGCAGCGUACGGCAGCGGUGCGAGGGGCAACGGCGGUGUUGCACACACGGCAUCGCCCGGUGCGACACAGCAGAUCUCACCAGGCACGGUGAUUGCGCCGACGGCGACACAGUACCAGGCAAGCGGCUACACGGCGUCACCACCGAAUCGACAGCCACCUCAGCAAUACAUGGGCGCUCCUCCAUCGCGCCAGGCAUCAGCAGACUACCCAUACCAGCCAAGCGCUGGCUACACGCACCCACAGGCUCAACAGGCUCCAAUGUAUUCGCAGCAACAGUCGCGACAGCAGCCAUACCCGUACGGACAGCACCCGAGCGGAGGCAACCACUACGCGCCUUCUCAUGGCUCGCAGCCUGGUUCUGGAUACCAGCAGGAUGCCUAUGGCUACCAACGCUGA